GAAAUGAAAAUUGUUGAUUGAUUGCGAGCAUUAUGCGUAUUCCGAUUGAUGAUUGUUUUCUGGUCCAAAUGCAUGUUUAAAGAUUUUGUAUGGCACUUCCCUUGCUGUGCGUUUUCAUUUGAUAAAUGCUACGUAUAUUUAAGGGAAAAACUGUUACCAUUAUUUUAGAAUUCCAAUAUUCUUUUGUCUUCUGCUGAUCUAAAACGAAAUAAUUGGAAGUAUGGUCUUUAUUAUUUAUUGACUAUGUAUUGUUGACAGAAAGUUUAUAAAAUUUGCAGCAGCUGAUGUAUGCUUAAUGUUUUCAGGAGAUUUUGAAAAGACGUUUGCUUAUUUUACGGAAAUAAUGAACUGGUUUCUUUUAUAGAACUACCUUUGGUUAAGUAAUUUUAGAUGCUGAAAAUUUUUUUUAGUUUCUAUUGUUUAAUAAAUUUCUAUUUCUGCUUCCAUCUCAGAAUUAAAUAAUGAAAACAAACAUAACCUACUAGCUAAUCUAACUAUAGUUUGCUUUACAUAUGAAUAUAAACUAACUCAUCCGAUCCAAGGAUUAGCUGUUCUAAUCGUAAUCAUGUUUGGACAAUGCUAACUGGCUCCUCCUUGUUUCGGUGUUCCAAAAAUUUGUUUGCUUUUUCAUUUCAAAAGUUUACGUCAAGCAAAAGCAGAGGAUGACCUUAUAAAUCGUUCAAAUUGUUUACGGCAACUAUGUAUUUUCGAUAAAUGUUACUGCUUUAAAAAAAUAUGAAAAUUGUUUAUUUUUAUUAUAUUGAAGUGUUAAUGCUAAUGUGUUGAUGGUUAUACAUAUUUUGUGUCAGAAAGAAACAAGAAAAUAAAAGCCUGAACAAGAAAUAAAUUUACUUUUUUAACAUGACCAAAAUUUAUUUCACACACAAUUGUAUGAAUGAAUUACGUUUGUAAAAUAUCAUGACUAUGAAAUUUUUCUACAUUUUGUAAAUACGUCUAUGCUUUUAAGAAUUGUGCAAAAAGCAACGGUCUGUAAUUAUUUGAAAUAUGUCACGGUCAGAUAUAAUACACGAAACGCAAACGACAGAGCUUAAUGAACAGAUAGUCGAUCAGAAUUCCUUUGCGAAUAUGGUGUCUGCAUCAUAUACUCACUACGGCAUAUUAGUAAGAAACGAUCAAUACGAAGGUGUAGCAAGUGGGGCUUCUUUAACAUUGGCGAAUAACAGUAGAAAAUUUGAUGGUGAUGACAUCGAGGACCUUGACCAGGCGAACGAGGAUUCUCAGGAUUUAGACAUGCAAAGCAUUGAUGACGUUUUGAUUACAGAUUCGCAAUUACAAAGCCAUGUGUUCCUUAAUACAUCGCCAUUUCAACAGGAACUGUGUGUUUCUAAUUCAUCUAUUCUAACGCCUUCAAUAUCAACAACAGCCGGCAUUAAUUCACGUAAAAAGCGGAAAAGUGUUCUGAAACAAACAAGUCAGCAACAAGCGUCUGCAUCCAUUUCUAAUACUGCAACAAAUAGUCAGCCUUUAAAUGUAAAUACAUCAACAUCGUCCCUUGCUAAUAGAAGACCAAUGAGCCCAAAAAAUGCAGCUAAUAUCAAACCACCAAAUAAUAUAGUUCAAAUUCCAACUACGCAGUUUAAUCAUUUCGGUUCUAGAUUAGCUGGUGAUAUAAUGACAGAUGAGCACGCUAGACCACGCCGUUGGGAACAGAAACAGGUACAAAUAAAGACUAUGGAAGGAGAAUUUAGUGUAACCAUGUGGGCAUCAGGUAUAUCAGACGACGAUGCGUCGAAUGAUGAUCAAGAUAACGAUUAUCUAGGUUAUAUGACAAAUAAUACCACGACGACGCCGCAAAAUAACGUUCCACUCAAUUCCAAUUUUAGUGACAGCAUAAGUCCGAUACCAUCUGCGCUCCUUGAACACAGUAAUAGUUUACAACAAGACCUUUUCCAGCAACAUCUACUGUUGCAACAACAACAAAUACUAAUACAUGAUUCGUCUACUACCUCGGGUGCAACAGUCGUGCCCACAGGCGCUUCUUUAUCUAAUAUACGCAAUCCAACGGAAUCUAAACAAAUCACUAAUCAUAAACAAAAAGUGAAAAAGGCCGCACCUGGCAAUUUGGCAACAUCCAGAAACUUGUCCUUGAUAACUACGGGCAAUAGACUUGCAACAGCGCUAGCCAUUGGGAGCUCACCGGAAGUUCCAACUAUAGUAAUGUCAACGGAAGAGGCUUCUACCAAUGUACAAAUAAAUGCACCACAUGUACAACUAACAGACAAUUCAAAUUCGACAGCGAUAGUUAUGGCGCACAUGCAACCAGAAAAUAAUGCGACUCAGUCGUUCUCAAUGGGCGUUAUUUUACAAAGCAGUGGUGCACAUAACGCUCCCUCCAUUUCGCCACCCCCACUUAGUUACAGAACAACAAACACCACGUCUGUGGAUGUUGAUUCUACCAUAGCUGAAGUUCAGUGCAACACUAUCAAUAUUUCUGAUGACAAAAAAAUUGCUUGUCCACACAAAGGUUGCAAUAAAUUAUUUCGUGAUAAUUCUGCUAUGCGAAAACAUUUACACACGCAUGGACCCCGAGUUCACGUUUGUUCCGAAUGUGGGAAAGCGUUUGUAGAGAGUUCUAAACUGAAACGUCAUCAGCUUGUACAUACUGGCGAAAAGCCAUUCCAAUGCACUUUUGAAGGCUGUGGUAAGCGCUUUUCAUUGGAUUUUAACUUGAGAACUCAUGUCCGGAUACAUACCGGGGACAGACCCUACGUUUGUCCAUUCGAUGGUUGCAAUAAAAAGUUUGCUCAGUCUACCAAUCUUAAAUCCCAUAUUCUCACACAUGCCAAAUCAAAACGGAACACGUCCAUGGGUAAUGGUGGUGGUCGUACUAUCAAUAAUGGCGGUGUUCAGCAAGCUGCCGGCAUAAUGCAACAAGUGUCCUCACAACACGUAAUCAAAAUGGAGAAAACCGAUACAGAUUUCAAUUCUACAUUCGUUGUUUAUGCAGAUUAAAUUUAGAAAUAACUUUUUCGGUAUUUUCGAAUAACUUAUGGUUCAAAAAGAGUACAUAUACACGUAUAUACAAACCUAUACUCUCAGAUUUGAGGAGUACAUUUUCAAUUCAUGUAGGGAUACAUAUAUUUCCCCUCUGUUUAUGUGUACUACGUGUAUAUUUUUAAAAUAAGUUCAUCAAUAUAACUUUUUUAUGUAUAAUUAGUACGUAGUAUAUUUUAUACAUUCAUAGUUUAUAAACACCUUGUAAUUUUAAAACCACUUCUAUGGAAAAGUCAUUGAAACAGUGUACUAGGGCACAUUAACCGUUUAUGGCAAAGAAGAGAGAAAGGAAAGGAAAGCAAAAAGAGACAGCAUUUAGCAAUACAGCAGAAAAAAUGUUUAUGUGUGGCAAGAAAUACGUAUUUUUCAUAAAUCAAAGCAAUUACGUAGGAAGCAAAUGCAUAAAGCGAGGUUUAGUACUUAUUUUUCUCUUGUUUUUUAUAUAUUUUAUAUGCCACGUACAAAGCAUAGUUAGGAAUCUCGUCACCUUGUGUGCAUAUACACCUAGCUGAGACAGUAAUUUCAAAAUUUAAUUUUAUAAUAACUAUUUCGAUCAAGUGUCUAUAUAAUUUUUGUUCAACGUAAACUGAAAUAAUCUCAUUGCGGGAAAUAGACUCUUCUGUGUUAAAUUUAAAUUGUUCUAUAUUUACCCUUUUAGGUGAAGGUAAAAAAAUCGGUUCAUAUGAAUAAUGAAAAAAAUGCCUACAGGUUACAUAUUAACAAUUACGUAUUUUGCUGUCACAUAUUUUUAAUCAAAAAUUGAGAAAAUAAUACGGAUUCAGAAUUCUUAUUAUCUGCUACAGAAGAAAAAUUGGAUUUUUGAAAGUGUUGUAACGCGUAUAUAAAUAGACCGGAGAGAACUAAAUAAGAGUGAUUAAACAUAUUUUCAAACCAGGGGCUGGUUUACGGCUGCUGACUUCGAACACGAACGCGACUCCACCAUUUUUCUGAUUAUGCUGUAUUGAAAGUUUACAUGUAAUCUUAUUGGUGUAUCAGUGCUAAUAUAAAUGCAAAUAAAUGAAAAGAGGAGGAAAGUAAACAAUCAAAUAAGCAAAACAACAAUCCAAAUAA